GUGACAGUGGCUUGCUGAAGCCCCAGUCUUUGAAGCUGUCCCUGAAGUGAGCAGAGAGAAGCGGGCAGACAGAAACCCAGGCGUGGAGAUUGAUCCUGCGGGAGAAAGGGGUUCAUCAUGGCAGAUGACCUAAAGCGAUUCCUGUAUAAAAAGUUACCAAGUGUUGAAGGACUCCAUGCUAUUGUUGUGUCUGAUAGAGAUGGAGUGCCUGUUAUUAAAGUAGCCAAUGAUAAUGCUCCAGAACAUGCUUUGAGACCUGGUUUCUUAUCUACUUUUGCCCUUGCAACAGACCAAGGAAGCAAACUUGGACUUUCAAAAAAUAAAAGUAUCAUCUGUUACUAUAACACCUACCAGGUGGUUCAAUUUAAUCGGUUACCUCUGGUGGUAAGUUUCAUAGCCAGCAGCAAUGCCAAUACAGGACUAAUUGUCAGCCUAGAAAAGGAACUUGCUCCAUUAUUUGAAGAAUUGAGACAAGUUGUGGAAGUUUCUUAAUCUGACAGUGGUUUCGUUGUGUACCUUAUGUUCAUUAUAGCAACAUAAUAUCAAUCCAACAGUCUUUAGAUCAUAGUAAUACUUCCAUCCAUGUGCUCCAGAAAGGGCCCUCUUUUCCACCUUAUACUAAAGAAAGAGCUUAAAGAUAUAAUUUAUAGACAGAUUGAUUGUUAUAUUUUCUUGUAUAGGGUCUUUUCUUAUUUAGUGAGAUCUGGGGAUACCACAAAAAUGGUUCAGUCUUUCACAGCUCCCAUGGAGUUACAGUCACCAGAUAUGGAUGAGAUUCUAUUCAGUGGGUCAGAAUCAAAAUGGUGCGUUGAUCCACUUGAGCCAUUAAGUGUUCCCUACUGUACAGUUUGCCCACCCCUGCAGAAUGAAGCAGAUUCUUUUUAUUGUGAAUAAUGAUAAGGACAUAUUUUUCUUCAGAUUAUGUUUUAUUUCUUUGCAUUGAGUGUGAGGAAAAUGAAAUGGUUUAGUAAAGGUAAUAAAAUCAGUACAAUCACUAACUUUCCUUCGUACAUAUUAUUUUGCAGUAUAGGUGAAUAUUACUAAUUGGUUUGAUUAUUCUCAAAGAGUACUGCUCUUUAAUGAAAAUGAAAAUUAUAGCUAAUGGUUUUCCCCCAGUUCUGCUUUCUAUAACCAAUCAGUGUUUUAAUGUUCGUGUGUUCUUUAUAAAAUUUAAGUAAUGAUUUGUUACUGAAUUCUGUUUCCAAUAUCAAUAUGUUUGUAAACAUGAUAGUAUAGCCACUUUUUUCAUACAUGAGUAUAAAUAAAAUAGUAUUUUUAAAAAUA